AUCAAGCAAGCCACAGUAACGAACAGUCACCCACAACAUGUCCUCCGCAUCCGAAAAAUACCUCGUCCUCACGCAAACCAAGGGCAAAAUCUCCCCGCAGACAGUCAGCGAUCUCUUCGACCAGCUCCCGCCUAUCAAACCCUCACAGCUCCUCGGCAGCUGGAGUGGGGGGUUCUGCGACACCGGCCACCCCACGGGGCCCAAGAUGGAGGAGAUCCACUGGGUGGGCAAGGAGUUUCACUCCCUGGAUGACGUCGACCCUGUGAUUGUGUCCCGGAACGGCGAGAGAGCCAGUUGGGGGCAAUGGGGGCGUGCUACUUUACGGGAGAUGGUGUACCGUGGGGUUCUGUCGACAGUCAUGAUCUAUGACGACCGGCCGGUGUUUGAUCACUUCCGGUACGUGGAUGAGAAUGUGGUGGCCGGGGUCAUGGAAGGGAAGGCGGUCGAGGGCGGGGACUUUUAUUUCUACCUGCGGCGGUAGGAUUGUGGUGGUUACAGUACAGGAAAGUCCAG